AUGUCUACUGAAAAAAAACCUACGUCGUGGAGUGCAUACUUUGAUGUGACAUCGCCAGAAAAUUAUAGCUUCCUAGGUUAUUAUGAAUACCGGUCAAAACAAGAAGACUUUCUUUAUUCUUUCAGAAAGGAGUGUCAUAGAUUGAAAACAGAUCUCGCUAACCUAAUGGAGAAUAGCUCGGGUGAAAUGAAGGAGAUUGCCAGUCGGCUGGAAGAAGGUCGUAAGUACUGCAUGUUGGGUUGUAAUAAUGCUUCUUGCAGGAAGGAAUCCGCACAACUAAGGGUGACACUUUCGCGCUGUCCACCUUAUCGUCUUCGUGCCUGUUGUGGACAUCGUAAAUAUUAUAAAGACGUUGACAUGUUCUGGAAUCAAAUUGAGAGAACCCAAGCUGAGGCUGAGGCCUGUAGCUCAGUUAUACGAGAUACUACUGAAGCAUUCAAAAAUUCCAUUGCAAGUGUCAAUUCCUCCAUUAUGAAUGUCAAUAACACAAUGAUCAAAUACAAUGAAGAACUUAAGGGUGGUGCCUUAGGAAAAAGACGAAAUUCCGAAGAUUAUGAGGAAAAUCGAAUUUCAAAAAAGCGUCAGAAUAGAUAUAUCACACCACCGUCACGACCCAACUCGAAACCAGAUAGUGACACUGAAGAUCAUGAAGAGGUUUCAGAUCAUGAAGUGCAAGUAUCUGAAAAAGAGAUUUCGGCAGGGAGGACUUUGACUGAUCCUGUUGUAAGUUGGACUUUAUCAACCGGAAAAAACGUUGGUGAGAUAUUAUCUGCAUAUCGGGAGAAAAUUCCUCGUACCAAGGCAUAUCUAUACCCGGCCUAUUUCGGUAUUUUAGAUCUUUCUGGAGAAGAUGUUGAAGUAAAGGAUUUGUUCACGGACGAUGAAUGGAAUGAAAUGAUCGAGGAUUUCGCGAAUAACGUUAAUUUAAGCGAUUUGGACGUCAAACAGGAGGAGCCUAUCUAUGAAAUAAUGGACAAGAUAACAGAGAAAUUGAAGAAGGAGCCAUCCGAUGUAAUAACUGAAAUUGAAGGUUGUGUAAUUGAAGUACGUAUUUCACUUGUAUUGGUUUCUUAUAAAGUACAGGCUCUCAUGACCAUCAUUUGUAGGAUAAUACGAAACGCCUACAAUCUACAACGCUUACGUUUGCCAAUGUCCGAAACUGCAUUUGGUAGCAGUUUCACAAGUAUGAUGACCAAAGGGGUACUUACCUUUGACAAUAUUUACCACUACGAAGAAGGAGAGAUUCAAUCUCUCGCCUCAUCAGUAAUUUCCAACAUGAAAACUAAACCUACCGAUAGAAGCUUGAUCGGACAGAAGGUAGAUUUCCGAAUAAGUCAAGACCAGUUUGAAAUGUUGAUAGGGCUAAGAUCUGGUGGUCUUCCAUCGGCGACAAAAAGCAAAAAAUGGAUUGAUAAAGUGGAUCUAUCAGUCGCGCUACGGGAUGUGUUGAUAAAUGAAGGGAUAGAAAACAAUGGCGUAAAACCGGACAAGUUCCACAAUCUCUUCACUCUCGGCGUUCAUACAUUUAAUUAUAAUUAUAACGUAUACGGAUUAGAUUGGAAAACAAGAGGCGUUUGGCGUUUAGGUCUACUUCAGAAGGUCAAGUUACCUUCAUCAAUUGAUAAUUUGUUAGUUAUAGAGAAACUGAUCAUAUCUUUGAUGCGUGUUGAGGAAACUUUGCAUCAUAUACGGAAAAUUCGUCACGAAAUAUUAAUCGAUAAAGCAAGAUUAUAUCGAACCCGACGAUCAUCAUCAUGUCCAAUGAGUUAUUCCAUUUGUGAACACGGUCGCAUAACUCGUACAAGAAGAGCAAAACA